AGAACUUGCAAGGCAUGGAUGAGCGGAGAAUUUGUUAUCUACAGAACUUUCUCAAACAGGAUGCUAAUAUCCAGAAGCAGGUGAUUUGUACUGUGAACAAAUGUUUAGAUGCAAUUGUUGGAGCAGCAAAAACAGUUGAUUCUAAAAAGGAUUGCAAACUAGUCAUUGAAAGAUUGAAGACUGGAUUUCCUCCUCCUCAAGAUGUUCCAUUUGAAGAUUUCGGCAAUGCUGGAUAUAUUGAAAAUGAUACAGCUCCUCAGGUUGUACCAACAGAGAAAGUUGAAACUGUUCAAAAUACCAAUAUAUCAUCAGGAAAACCAAAGAAACUUCAUGGAUUACUUGGAAUUUUUAUCACUAAGAAUGCAAGUAAUGAUGCUAAAGAUGACUACAGUGGCUUACCUCCAGCACAAAGAAAGAAAAAACUUCAACAAAAAAUCAAUCAGAUCCAUCUGAAUAUCCAAAAAGAAACUGUAGUAAGGGAUGGAUUGUUAAAGGUGAAGGAGGUUUAUACAGCCAAUCAAGGAAUGGGUAAUCCUGAAAGUGUUGAUGUACAAUUGCAUGAACAUGAACAGAAACUUGACCAUUUACAGAGGAAACUCCAGAAGUAUCAGGACUAUCUUGCAGAUGCAGACAUUGCGUCUGUUACUCCCCCAAUUCCAAAGAAUUCUAACGGUUUGUUCAAGAGUGUUUCAGAAUCAAGUAUAAUUAAUGCAAAGAACUUCAAAGUUUCAACUCAAGACCCAGCUGUAACAUGUUGUAGUAUUAUAGAUGAUGAUAUGACAGUUCAUACCCACGAAGAAAUGAAUGCAAGCUUUGAUCCAGACUUUGAUAGUCUGGAAGAUUCCAGUGACGUUCCGUUACCAGUUAUAGGAACUGCAACAGCUCUUUAUAGUUUUGAUGGACAGAGUGAAGAAGAAGUACAAAUGGAAAAAUAUGAAAAACUUUUUAUCAUUGAAGUUGACCAGGGUGAUGGCUGGACAAGGGUUCGAAAAGUCACUUCAGAAGAAGGAUUUGUUCCAACAUCAUAUAUUGAAACCAACAUUCACCAGAGUGACUGACAUUUUAAGAAUAUGCUUUUUUGACUUCUAUAACUAAUGAAGAGUUCACUAAGCUCAAAAUGUACAGAAAACUGCAUAUUCAUAAAAUUACCCAGUCAUUAUAUUUUGGUAAUUUUCGAAAAAUCUUCAGACUUAGUGUCAUGUGCUACUUUUGAUUUUAAUUUUCUUUUACUGAACAUAAAAGAAAAAAAACUGUAUAGUUUGCAUUUUUUAUAUGGUUAAAAAAGAUUUUAUGAACCAUAUGCCAUAUCUUAAAGCCACUGCUAUAUGACCUACAAGCUGUGUCAAACAGGAACCAGAGUUUUCAGAACAAAGUUAUUUUAUCCAGCAAUUCUCUGAAAGAUUUGGCAAAAAUAAAACAUUUUAUUAUUACUAGCUGGAGAGUAAAGAUAUUUUUUCUUACUUCUCUGCCAAAUUUACCAGUUUUAUAUGUCAUAUUUUGAGAUUACUUUUGUUUUCAGUUUGUUUUUAUUAAUAGUUAUCAAGGUACACAGAACUUUAUAGCUUGAUUCUUAAAGUUAUAUCUUAACGAUAGUGUAGUUUAGAAUUACAGUAACAAAAUAUGGUUUGAAAAUAUUGAAAUAAGUGAUUCUCAAUUAAAAUAAUUGCAGGAUUUGAGUAAAUGUUAAACAAAUCAGUGUGGAAGUUAAUUAAAAAGCUACCAGAAACUGUAUGCUCUACUUUCUUAUACUUUCCGUUAUUUAUGUCAGUGACUGAACAAUUGGUAAGCAGUUUUAUUGUUUUGGAUCAAGUAAGUAGAAAAUAAAUAUUUCAUAAGUUAUUUGUACAAGUUAUUGCUGCUACAACAUAGUGCAAUAUUUGUUAGUCCUAAUGUUGAAAAUGGUUGUGUUUAAGUAGGUUUUACAUAAAAUGGGAUGUUUACUGUAUGUAACCAGCUAAUAUUCAUUUUUGGUAAAAUUUAAUGAGCUGUGCAUAAAAAAGCUAUGACAUUUUUUAUAAUACAUUGAUGUAUCUUCAAGCUUGUAAAUUAUAUGGAUAACUGACCAAUUGAUAUUUACAUAUACCGACUAGUUGCAAUAAUUUUAAUUUAGUUAUCUUAGUUCUGUGAACAAAAUAGUUAUAAUGUUCAUCACAUAGUCUUGUAGUGACUAUAUGACUGUUGAGUUAAACCUAUGCAACAUGACUCAUACAGUUGACUGAAACCAGUAAAACAUGACCUAUACAGUUGACUGAAACCAGUAAAACAUGACUUAUACAGUCGACUGAAACCCAUGCAACAUGACUCAUACAGUUGACUGAAAAACCAUGCAGUAUGACUCAUACAGUUGACUGAAACCAGUAAAACAUGACUUAUACAGUCGACUGAAACCCAUGCAGUAUGGCUCAUACAGUUGACUGAAACUAGUAAAACAUGACUUGUACAGUUGACUGAAACCCAUGCAGUAUGAUUCAUACAGUUGACUGAAACCUUGUUUUAUAAUACUGUUUUCUAAAAUGGUAUUGAUCUAAUAUAUUUAUAUGAAGAGUGAAGUUUGAUAUUUUACCAUCAUUUGUACAACAACAUAACUGUAUGUACUAUACUAUUAGUUAUGUCUAACCAUACCUAUCAUGCCUAAUUUCUACUCAGGCUUUUAAUAUGAUGACCUUUUUUCUCUAUUCGUUGUGACUGCUUUUUCAUUGCCGUAGGAAGCAAUUUUUGAGUGGUCAGGUCAUUGCCACAGCUAAACAAUGUGACACAAGAUGUGUGCUAAGCACACUACUGGCAUGCAAAGCAUGCCAUUUCUGGGAGGGGCUGGGGGGCAUGCCCCCUCAGAAAAUUAUUGAAAAUUUAAUGCUAUAAGAUUAAAUCUUGAGCCAUUUUAACUAUAAGUACUGUACAUGCACAACUUAAUGUAUUGAAUUAAAAGAAGCAAGUUUUAAUACAUAAGUUGUAGCUAAACAUGCCACGAAAAAAUGGCCUUACCAUUUCUUAUGGUCCUGUUUCUGAUCAAGCUUUCUACAUCAAGUAUGGAUGAUCUUAUUUUCUAUCUGUCAUAUCUGCAUUAUGAUCAGGCUUUUCACAUGAUGACCUUGUUAUCUACAUUCAUUUACUGCAAAAAUAAUCAUAUUUUUACUAAUGUUUUUCUUAAAAUAGUUAAAAACCUAGUCAUCUUCCCUUUUAUCAUAACGCAUUAACAUGCUGCCUAGUCACAUUUCCUCAUUUACUUACAUUUGCAAAAAUAAUAAUGUUUAGAAACUUAAGUCUUACUGUACCAAGUGAUCCCUCUAAGCAAAUCUCUUAAAACUAUAUUUGUCUAAUAGCUUCAUUUGAACUUCAGUACAGACAUGGGUUUUCCAAGAAAUUAUUCACAAAUAGAUUUAAAAGUGAAAUGUUUAUACAUCACAAGUUUGUGAUGUAUAAUUUUCUGUUUAGAUAGAUAUUUACCUAACAUAUGUUUUUUCUAAAAUCAAAAACUAAUUAUGUUGAUUUCAGAAGUACUGAUUGUGAAUUGUGUAUUUAAAAACUAUUAUUUAUGAAUUACUUUUAACGAGCAGCUUUAUUUUUCAUUUUAUGUUUAUUAUGAAUCUUUAAUCAAAAACAAAAAUUUGCCUCUUUAGUCUUGCUAGUAGUUUAUAAACUGGAUUUCAUGAAACUUCUUGAGAAAAGCUAAAUGAAUCGAAACAAGUUUUUGUUAGUCGUUUAUAGAAUUUAAAGAUUAAACAUAGUUUAAGUUUUUAUAUGAUUAAAACUAUAUAGUUAAGAUUCUGUAUUCUUUAUAUAUUUAUUGUUGUUUUUAAAUUACAUUCAUAAAGAUGGAGUAUAUGUUUCCUAGUUUUUACUUUGAACAUUAAGUGUUAUCAGUCAGUUUUUGGGUAACAUUUUGUGUUUGUGCUUCAACUUGAAACCCACUAAACACUUUAAUGCAAAAUAAAAAAACAAAAUCUGAUAUGAACCUCCUUCCAAGAGGUAAUUUAUUAAGUCUUGGCCUUGCUUAAAAAUUCCCCAAUGUAUUAGUCCUACAGGGACUCUUAGCUGCAUGUUUAACUCAAAUUACCAACUUGUGUGUUUAUGGCAUUUAUUACUGAUGGGAUCCACGUAUUGAAUAAUUUUUGUCCCAAACGAUGCUGACUAAGAAUUGAAUGAAAUCAUUCAUUUUUUAUGUCAAAUUCAUAAUGGAACACAGAAGUCUUUAGUUGCAAUAUUGAUGGUAUUUUACAUCUCAUUAUUUGUUUGAUUAGUAUGGGUAUUACUUAACAUAUCCAAACCCUGUGUCAAACAUUAAUGGAACCACAAGCAAUUUAUUGCUUAGAUUGCUCAGUAAAAUGUAUUUAAUUGUGAAAAAUCCAAUACUCUUAGGGUUAAUAUAGAAGGCAUGAAUGGCAUUAAUUCUCUGUAAAUGCUUGCAAACUUAUCAAAUCUUGAGAUUUUUAUCCUUCUGUUAAACUUUUCAAAAUUAUCAACACCUUUAUUUGCAGUUAUACUUCCCAGAAAUGACCUAACCUAAUAAAGUUCUUUUGAUAGAACAUUAGAUGUACUUAAACUCUGUGGAAAGGAAAUUUAAAAACGUUUAUCAUUAGUAUAGCCUUUUAUAGUGUUCACUGAUAUAAAAUGUGGCUUCAAUCACUACCUAUAUAGGGUUACUGAUAAGGAACGUACAUCUCCGAAAUGGGCUUUUUUCUUUAAUAUCUUAAAAGCAGAAUGUCUACUGAAUAAUUCAGAAUACAUAUUAGUGGCAUCAAUGCUGCAUAUUCUUCAAGACUUUUGUAUGAAAAUAGACUGAAAAUGGUAAGUAAAAUACAACCACAACACCAUACAUAUAAAUUAUAAAUCACCACUAUAAGAUGUUUAAUCCUUUUUUCUUUUUCCACUUACUCUUGUCCAGGGUUUUUCAUGAGAGGUAUAAUUCCCCAAAACUGUUUAACUCGAUGGCAAGCAAUGAAUGAAAUGAUAGAUUAGGUUUAGUAUUUUUGUGGUUACAUACAUUAAUUUAACUUAAAGAAUAACUUCUUUUUACAGUGUAUUUCAUUAUGUAUUUUCGUGAAAACUAGUUAUUGUGUUGUUAGUAUAUAAAAGUGUUUGUGGUGAGUAAUAUUAGAGUUAACCUUCAUGUGAUUGGCAGAGUGCAGAUAGCUCAUUGUGUAACAACUACCAAACCAGUUAAUAUUCAUAUUUAUCAUGAUAUGCUUAACAUUAUUGUGCACAAAGUUACGAUAUUUUUCUCUAUACAAAAAAAAA